CCACUGUCCCCAACCUGGGAAGGUCCCAUCAAGAGGGGACAUGUCGCUUUGGGCCACCACCCCCCAAACCCCCCCCCAGGCUGAGACCUGACCCAACUCAGGACGGAGCAGCAGGACCCCCGGCCGGGAGAUCGGGGGCAAAGAUGGUGAGUGUCACCACGUCCCGCGGUGGGGACGAAGGCCAGAGGGUCCCGGGGGUCCCGGCCCCGCGGUGGAGGCCACCACCGGCAUGAACGUCACGGGGACGACGGCGGGGAACCGGAGCUGCGACGGGGAGGAAGAGGAGGAACCCAUCCCCCUGCCCACCUUCUCCACGGGGGCCAAGGUGCGGGUGGCCGUCACCUGCCUCCUCUUCCUCUCCUCCGUCUGCUGCAACGGGGCCGUCCUCUGGUCGGUGGCCCGGGGGUCACGGCGGUGGCGGCGGCCUACUCGGGUAGGCCUCUUGAUGGCCAACUUGGCGGCGGCCGACCUGCUGGUGACGCUGGUGGUGAUGCCUUUGGACGCCGCCUGGAACGUGACGGUGCAGUGGUAUGGAGGGGACGUCGCCUGCCGGGGGUUGAUGUUCCUCAAGUUGGCCGCCAUGUACGCCUCGGCCUUCGUCACCGUCGUCAUCGCCUUGGACCGCCACGCCGCCAUCGUCACCCCCUUGGCGUUAGGCCGGGCCGAGAGGAGGAACAAGGCCAUGCUGUGGGGGGCCUGGGGGCUCAGCGCCCUGCUGGCCCUGCCCCAGGCCUUCGUGUUCCGCAGGGUGAGGCGGCGGCGGCCGCGGCGCUUCGUGCAAUGCGCCACCGUGGGCAGCUUCGGGGCCCACUGGCAGGAGACCCUCUACAACAUGUUCACCUUCGUCUGCCUCUUCCUCCUCCCCCUCCUCAUCAUGGUGCUCUGCUACGGACGCAUCCUCCUCGCCAUCUCCGGCAGGAUGAAGAAGGACGCCCGCGGUGCCUCUUCCCGCCCCGCAGCCUCCCCCAAGGAGAUCCAGCUCCGUCGUUCCUACAACAACAUCCCCCGGGCCAGGAUGCGCAUGCUCAAGAUGUCCAUCGUCAUCGUCCUGACCUUCAUCGUCUGCUGGACGCCCUACUACCUCCUGGGCCUCUGGUACUGGUUCUCCCCGGAGAUGUUGACCAGGGAGAAGGUGCCGCCGUCCCUCAGCCACAUCCUCUUCCUCUUCGGCCUCUUCAACACCUGCUUGGACCCUUUGGUCUACGGGCUCUUCACCGUGCGGUUCCGGAGGGAGAUGUGGGGGGUUUGUCACCGCCGGCGGCACCAGGAGGUGGCCACCACCUUCACCGGUUCCUUCCGUGUCUCCACGGUGGCCGUGCCGGCCCGGAAAAGCGGGAACAGCCCGGAAGGAGCCGGAAAACACCAACUGGAAGUGAUGGCGGGGGCAGCUCCGCCGGGAAGGGGGUGCCAGAGGUGCCGGGGGGGGACGGCGGAGAGUUUCAUGUGAU